AUGCCCAAAAAUAGUGUGGGCCUGUUAAAGUCCCAAAUAAAUCCUUCACCUGCACCGCCUGCAUCUCUGGUUGCCUUAAUUACCCAAAAAUGGCUUCCAAAAUACUUUGCGUGUGUGCAAGUGCAACCAUCGUCCCUCCUCCUACACCUCCUGCUGCAAAACGUUAGCAGUUCAAAUAAUAUUUCACAGAUUUUUCUUUCUUCUUCUGCAGAUAAAGCUUCCGUUCGGCUUCAAUCCUUCGAGUGCAGAGCUCUCGGAGAAGGCUCUCAGUCGCAAAACUCCUUGGCUGAAACCGUCUAUCAGGGAGUUUACGGUCCUUGGUACGUCGACUCCACCGACGUUCGAGAGGUUAUUUUGUACAGGUCAGGACUAGUGACUGCAGCUACAUCAGUUGUAGUUGCAGCUUCUGCUGCAUUUUUGCCUGACUGCUUCUUCUUAACUGGUAUUUUGAAACACAAUCUCGAUUUCGUGUAUGCAAUCGGAGCUGGGGCUGCCAUUGUUUCUGAUUCACAUAUAUGUGACUGA